AACAAAAAAUGUGAAUGUGAGAAGCUGUCUCCCUCCGUUUGGGUGCGAUAUCAAGACGAAAUUGUUAACUUUUUGAUUCGAGUGGUUUGUGCGGGGCUUUUCCAGGCGGGGGUCAUCUGGGGGCGCAACACCUGUUUAGAGACUAGUCGAAAGAACAUCCGGCGUAGAAGAAGAACCAACGCAUGCUGGCCCAAUUCAUGCUGAUACAUCUUGCAAAAUAUGUUUUUGGUUGUCAGAUACCUAAAUGAUCAACGGUGUCAAGUCACUUUGGCAAUAGGUUUUGAGGAUAAGGAACAGCGUGCUUGGAUCGAAAUUCUGUGACAGGACUUUAUCAGUAUGUCGGGUCCGGGGAUUUUGACCAGCACGGAUUUGUCAGAACCACCAAAACAAGACACAAUCCUGGAUGAAGCUCAGAGUCAGGGCUGUCCUGACAACCUCAAAACAGUCUCCUGUAAUCCAUCUGUCAGACACGAACAUCCUGAUCAGCCUCUUCAUGGUCUGAGUCUUGCUUCACAUGCAGUGCUGGAGAAAGCGCAGCAGAGGGGAAGGGUAAAGUGCUCUAAAUGUGGGGGAUCAAGGAUGUUCUUCUGCUACACAUGCUGCUCAUUAGUGGGUGUCAGCCACAUAGAAAUCCCCUCGGUCAAGCUGCCGGUGAAGAUUGACAUCAUCAAACACCCCAGUGAAGUUGAUGGCAAGAGCACUGCUGUCCACGCCAAAAUCCUCGCCCCUGAUGAUGUGACCAUAUACACAUACCCCUGCAUACCUGAAUUUGAAGGUGAAAGGCACAAAGUGGUGCUGGUGUUCCCUGGUCCUGGAUCAGUUUCCAUGGAGGACAUGAAGCAGCGUUUAAGGCACAUGGCUGGCAGGAGGUCAGCUGAUUCCCCUGAGGAGCCCCACCCAAAGAGGCUGAAAUGUCGGAAGACACCAGCUGAGGAACCAAGGUUAGGGGCCCCACAUGUGGCUGAAGGCCCUGGGUCAGGGGCCGGUCCUCUUCUGAGGGUGGUCUUCAUCGACAGCACAUGGAACCAGACCAACAGAAUCAUCACAGAUGAGAGACUUCAGGCCCUGUUACAGGUAGAGCUCAAGACCAGGAAGACAUGUUUUUGGCGCCAUCAGAAGGGAUCACCUGACACUUACCUGGCAACCAUUGAAGCCAUCUACUAUUUCCUGAAGGACUAUCAUGAGCAGUGCUUGUCUCAGGAGUACAGAGGAGAAUAUGACAACCUGCUGUUCUUCUAUUCCUACCUGCACACCCUCAUCACGAAGGCCAAGACCUCUGCAGGAAAACUCUGACACUUUAAUAAAAAUGGAUUUCAAGUUGAACUUUGAUUUGUCAUUCUAAUCUCAUUGAAAACAUAAUGGGCUCAGCCUUUCGAAAUAGUAUGGUAACAUGAACUAAUUUCAAAACUUUUCAGUUGAGCACUGGAGGUGCAAAGACAGUUCUGUGUUUGACCAAAUACUUUCCUGAGACAUCUUACAAUGUCAGGCAGAAUUUCUAAAUCUUCAUAUUUAUGCGUUGUGUGUAUUCAAAAGAUUCCCAAAUAUAGUAAACUCUUAAACAUUUUUAUUUACAAAUCAGGCAGGACAUGCAACUGGGUAGUUUUUUUCUCAAAUCAAUGAUUUUGGUUAAUGUUUGGCACUUCUGGUAAAACAUUGUCACUGUCAAUAUUCCUUUACCACUAUUGUCAUCACAUUUACUGGAGGACCCAAAUAAACUACUAGACAUUC